CGGAAGGGAAAAGGGCAGCUCUUAGAAGGGUCCCCUCCUACUUCCGGCUGCCGCGGGAUUUUUGUUGGGGUAGGUCACCCCACGGCGGUGGCGAAGGCUCUUAGGGUGGGCGGUCGGCAGCCGUGAGAUGCCAGGCGGAGGCAGCUGCCCGGACUGCGGCUCCACGGAGCUCGUGGAGGACUCGCAUUAUUCGCAGAGCCAGCUGGUGUGCUCCGAGUGCGGCUGCGUCGUCACCGAGGGCGUCCUUACCACUACCUUCGCCGACGAGAGCAACCUACGAGAAGUAACAUAUUCCCGAAGCACAGGGGAGAAUGAACAAGUUAGUCGCAGCCAGCAACGAGGGCUCCGGAGAGUGCGAGAUCUUUGCCGAGUUCUGAAGUUACCACCCACAUUUGAGGACACAGCAGUUGCCUAUUACCAACAGGCAUACCGGCACCCUGGUAUCCGUGCUGCCAGGCUGCAAAAGAAGGAGGUGCUGGUUGGGUGCUGUGUCUUAAUUACCUGCCGGCAAAAUAACUGGCCCCUCACCAUGGGAACCAUCUGCGCCCUGUUGUAUGCGAAUUUGGAUGUGUUUUCUGGCACCUACAUGCAGAUAGUGAAGCUCCUGGGGCUGGACGUGCCAUCUCUGUGCCUGGCAGAUCUGGUGACGACCUACUGUAGCAGCUUCAGACUAUUCCAAGCCUCCCCUUCGGUGCCAGCCAAAUAUGUGGAAGACAAAGAAAAGAUGCUGUCGCGCACGCUGCAGUUGGUGGAGCUGGCAAAUGAGACGUGGCUGGUGACGGGACGACACCCCUUGCCUGUUAUUACUGCAGCCACUUUCCUGGCUUGGCAGUCGCUGCAGCCUUCAGGUCGUCUGACAUGUUCCCUUGCCCGAUUUUGUAAACUGGCCAACGUGGACCUGCCCUACCCAGCUUCCUCCCGCCUGCAGGAGCUGCUGGCUGUGCUGCUGCGGAUGGCUGAGCAGCUGGCCUGGUUGCAGGUCCUGAAGCUCAACAAACGGUCAGUGGUGAAGCACAUCGGGGACCUUCUCCAGCACCGCCACACCCUGGUCCGCAAGGCUUUUCAGGAUGGAGCAGAAGAGAUGGCUGCCCAGGAGAAGGAGCGGCAGGGGCAGGAGCAAGGACAGGGAAUAGAGGAGGUGGGGGGUAGUUCCUUAGAUUUGCCUGAGAGGAAGAGACCUGCUAGUCCUGCCCUUCUCCUCCCACCCUGCAUGUUGAAGCCCCCAAAGCGUCUCCACCCCACACCUCCCGUUUCCACAGUCACUGGAGAUGAGAACAUUUCUGACAGUGAAAUCGAGCAGUACUUGCGUACCCCUCAGGAAGUUAAAGACUUUCAGAGAGCCUUAGCUGCUAGGCAGGCUGCCACGAAUGUUCCUAACCCUCCCUGAUUCAUGUCACCCUGUUCUGACAGCAGUUUAAAAGACCCUGUCUUAUUUAAAGAAAUAAGUGUAUGUGAGUCCUCAGAUAUUAUCUUUCUCAUCUGAAGGAACUGAGAAGGGCUCUGCAAUUAGUCAGAGCCCAGGUCCUGGAGUAGAAGUCAGGAAGAAUGCAGAGACAACCAUGGGUAGGGGAGGGAGUCCCAUCCUUUGGUGCCAGAGAGCACGUUGCAUAUACUCAUAUCCCUUCCUCUUAGACUGUUGGGAAAGUGCCAUGGUCUCUCCUGCUCCCUGUUUGAAUUGGACAUGCUGCUGCUGCUGCUGGCCUUUCGAGCCUCCUUGCUGUUUGUGGAGCAGUUGCAUUCCCAACAUUAUCAACCCUCAGAAGAGUGGGAACUGGGAAACUCGCAACCCUGUAUCUAUUCCCAAGUGUGGUAGGUUUAUGUGUAUGUGUCAUGAGUUCCUCCACCUCAUAAUAAAAGGAUCGUGGGUGGACUAAGGCUGUAGCUCAAAGGGCUUUGCAAAACUUUAAUAUAUUAAAACAAGAGGCAUCUGCUAGAAAACACUCUAUUGUAUAAAACACGAGCUUUUAAAAACA